AUGGGCACUCCUCAUGUCUGCUUCGCCGAUGAGUUGCCGCCGCCGCAGCAGCAGCAGCAACAACACCAGCAGCAGCAGCAAGAAGAACACAAGACCGCCAGCAAUGGCAGCCUGAACAACAACCAUCAUAGUAGCCAGAGUCUGGUGACCAGCGGCAGCAAGCCGGAAGUGGGUUAUAUAGCCACCCCCUCGCCGGGCGGCAGCCUGAGCGUCUCGCCCACACCCCGGUACGAACGCAAUCUGGGCUUCUUUCGGCAGCUGAGCCGCCGCUUCGGCCUGAGGUCACAGGAUGACCUAGUUCAGUCGGAUGACGCAGCUCACGUUGCACCAUCGAGGAGCGGCGGAGCGGUAGCCGCUCUCCAGGAGGAGGACGCGCACAGUUCAUCGACCGACUCGUGCUCCUCGGGGCGUGGCCUCAACGCUCACCAGUCGACCGGGCGACUGGAGCUCAUGUCCAUGUCGUGUGCCUCCAGCGAGACGAGCAGCACGCUGGACAUCGAGGAGCAGCAGGAGCAGUUGCAACAGCAGCAACAACAGCAGCAGAAGCAACUGCAGUCCAAGAGGAAGCCGACGAGCCGGGCGAGUUUUUCGCGUCUGCACCGGCGCUCUACAUCCUCGCUGCGUCGCGCCUUCGAGAGCCUUUCGCUGACCUCGCGUUCGCUCUCCUGCAGCGGUCCAUCUCCGCCGCCACCCCCGGCGCCUUCAUCAACGCCUCCUGCAGCCGCAUUGCCCCUGAAGUCGGCUCUCAAGUCCGCCUCCAACGUAGAGCUGCACAGGCAGCAGCAGCAGCAGCAACAACAGCAGCACAUGCACCACCAUCUCCAGCCAGCGGGCAGGUCGUCAUCGUCGUCGUCAUCAACCUCCAGUUCGGCGUCCAAAGGCAAGGUGAAGCCGCCGCCGCAGAGGAUACUCCGUCAGCCCGUCUCCUACACAUAUCUCAAAGGCAUGUCCGGUCUGCCGACGCAGAGGGUGCCGCGCAGUUCCGUCUGUUGUCAAUAUGCCCGGCGCUAA